AUGGCGACGAGAAUCCCAAGGUAUCUUCAUAUCAUCAAAAAUUUUCCGAUAACGCGAGCGCUGUUCACACCUACUGGAGACCAAAUUUUGGCGACCAGCUCUCGGCCUAAGAUCUGCGGCUUGGACGUUCGUACCGGCGAGCCCUUCCACGUGCGCCCCUUCAACGGGCAGGCGCAGAGCAGGUAUUUCGGCCUCGCAGUUGGCCCGAACCCCACAGAUUCUCCCGGGCUUCGAUCCUCGCAGAUGUACGCGGUCCUCGGAGAUCCAGCCGUCGCCUUGCUUUGCGACAUUGCCACCAAGAACGUUGUGCGGACACUGCGGAUGAGGGCCCCGGGCGUUGCAUCGGCGUUUUGUCCAGAGAGCGACACGCUGUUCACAGCUGACGAGGAGUGCAACAUCUACGAAUGGCACCUUGGCAGUGGUCGCUGCAAGCAGCGAAUUUCUGCAACCUCGAAGGUGACUUGUUUGACAGUGCGUCGGACUUCCAGCUUCUCGCCAACUUCCAUCCUGGCCGUUGGGACUGCGUCAGGCUACGUCGAUUUAUUCGACCUCUCGGGGCCAAAAAUAUCUGAGAAGCCAGUCAACAGCAUUCAGAACCUGACAACCGCUGUGACAGGAUUGCAGUUUCAUACAGAAGGCGAGCUGCUUGUGGCUGCUUCCAAGUUCAACCAGAAUGCAUUGAAGUUGGUUCACACAGGUACUGCAACUGUUUUUAGAAAUUGGCCCACUUUCAAAUCGCCGCUGCAGAAGGUGUCAGCCAUGGACCUCUCGCGUAGGGGUGGAUUACUUUCUAUUGGAAAUGAGAAAGGUAAAGUGUUGCUCUACCGAUUGCACCAUUAUGAAUCAGGUUCUGGAUGA